ACCGCGCAGUUCAGUCAAUACCGCGCGCGGGAACACGAUAGUGUCUAUUGUGGAGAGAUUUUUUUUAUAAAUUACGCGAGCAAAGGUGUGUGUACACAAUGCCUAAUAUCAUUAACGAGGUUAAAUUAGACUUUAAGGAUGUGCUCCUGAGGCCCAAAAGAAGCACUUUAAAAAGCAGGAACGAUGUGGAUCUGUUCCGAGAGAUUACAUUCCGCAACUCCGGUCAGACGUACCGGGGAGUCCCCGUCAUGGCGAGCAACAUGGACACUGUCGGCACCUUCGAAAUGGCCAAGGAGUUGUCUAAGCACGGCCUAUUCACAUGCAUACACAAAUACUAUACCACGGAGGAAUGGCAGAAAUUCGCACAAGAAAGCCCAGAGUGUUUGGAACAAAUGGCCGCUAGCUCCGGCACCGGCGAGGCGGACUUCGACCGACUCUCGGAGAUACUCAACAGCGUGAAGGAGCUGAAGUUCAUCUGUCUCGACGUCGCCAACGGAUACUCGCAACACUUCGUCGAGUACUUACGAAGAGUGCGGGCGGCUUUCCCUUCACACACCAUUAUCGCUGGCAACGUAGUGACAGGGGAGAUGGUGGAAGAACUGAUAUUGUCAGGAGCUGAUAUUAUUAAGGUAGGGAUAGGUCCAGGGUCAGUGUGCACGACCAGGAUAAAAACCGGCGUGGGCUACCCGCAGCUGUCGGCGGUGAUCGAGUGUGCCGACGCAGCGCAUGGUCUGAAGGGACAUAUUAUUUCUGAUGGUGGCUGCGCAUGUCCCGGGGACGUGGCGAAGGCGUUCGGAGCGGGCGCCGACUUCGUGAUGGCGGGCGGCAUGUUCGCUGGCCACGACCAGUGCGGCGGCGAGGUGGUCACCAAGCCGGACGGCCGGCAGGUCAAGCUGUUCUACGGGAUGUCCUCCUCCACCGCCAUGAUGAAGCACUCGGGGAAGGUCGCGGAUUAUAGGUCCGCUGAAGGUAAAACAGUAGAAGUGGCGUACAGAGGAGACGUGGAGGCGACGGUGAAGGACAUCCUGGGAGGUCUCAGGUCAGCGUGCACCUACGUCGGGGCGGCGCGCCUGCGGGAGCUGCCGCGGAGGGCCACCUUCAUCAGGUGCUGCCGACAAGCCAGCGAUGUGUUCUCGUAAACUUAUGUAGAGGGGGGUAGAAGAAUUUAGGCUGAAACACCAAUUAGCGUGAAGAGGAAACCAAAUGAAAUUUGUCAGAAAAAAAAACAUAGUCGAAUCGCUUAGAAAUGCUGUGAAGGGCCAUAAAGACUACAAUUAAUACCUACCUACCUAUCCUAGUUUUCGCUUACAAUUUCCCUACAAUUGUUUAAUAGACAACAAUUUUAGUUUUAUAUAUUUUUUUAGUUAUCCUACUAAUAUUAUAAACGCGAAAGUUUGUAUGGAUGUUUGUUACUCUUUAACGCCACAACUACUGAACCGAUUUAGCUAUAAAAUUUAAAACGAACAUAGUUAAUCCCCUGGAUUAACACCUAAGCUAAUUUUCAUCCCGAAAAAUCCAUGGAUCCCGCGGGAUUUCUGAAAAAUUGAAUCCCACGCGAGCGAAGUCACGGGCGUCCGAUUAUAUCUACUCUUAUCGUGUCCUCUUUAUGCUAAUUGUGAUAUGAUUAAGGAUGUGUCGCUUCCGGAGCGAGAACAAUCAUUAAUCUAUGGUAUGAUACUUAAAACAUGCUAAUGGUCUUCACCAUAAUAGCGGCCUUAUUUAUAAACAUGAAUAAGGAUUUAAACCUCACGUUUCUGCAAAGUAAAGUGAACUUUAAUUAGUAGGGAUUAGGUCCACUUUACUAUAAAAAAUAGAGGUUUAAAUCUCAAUUCAUGUUAUAAAUAUGGGUAGAUGAUUAAGAAUAGGCAUCGUUGACACUUUUUAAAAGGGCCUUAAAUUAUUAUUCAUUAUCGUUUUACUAGAUUCAAAAUAAAUUAUCAUAUUUUUUGAGACAUUAAAUACACAAAAAUUUUAAUUUUUUUUGACUAUACGAGCGAAGACGCCAAGUCAUGACGUCACGUAAACCCGUAAACACUAAACCGUAUAAAAUCAAGACUGAAAAAAGCAAAAAAGUUCGACAUGCCUAAGACAGGACAUGAGACGUUUAUUCAUGACGUCAUAAAAUGGACAAAAGUGUUCUUGACGUUUGGAUAAAUUGAAAAAUACAUAAUUUUUAGAUUAAGUUUUCUAUAAAAUCCUUAACUUUAUUGAUUUGGGUACUAUACGAAAUUAAUAUUUUUUAUAUAAGGUCAAUAUGAGUCAACUACCCUAUUAUGGUUUGUGAUGACGGAAAAUUACCUAAUUUUACCUACUAUCUAGGUAUAUAAUGUCAGCCACUGACGACCAAAUAAGCGCACAUGCCUGCAGCGCUAACAGCUUGACAGCUGAUAAUACUGAUCGUAUGUUGGUCGCGAUGUGCAUGACAUCAUGCCGAUCGUGAUCAACACACGAUCAAUUUUAUUGGCUGUCAGGCCGUUAGCGCUGCAGGUCAGUGGCAGGCUGUGGCAGGAUCGUCAGUGGCUGACUUAAAAUUUCCGAUCGAUCAGUGAUCAGCAGCAUGUUUUAAGUGUGUUUCCGCCCUUAGAAGGAAGAACAAAAGAAUGGCCUUAUUUUUUAAUUAGAAUCGCUAUAAUGCUUAAGUAUGACGAAGAUUUGAAUUUGUAAAAUAUAGCAAGAUUUCAAGCUGUAUUUAAAAUGACUGAAAUUCGUCGUAACAUAUGUCAAUAUAUACGACAAUUUUAUCGCAUAUACACGCGAAAAAGCUUAUGAUUCACGAAUAGCUAGAAGAAAUUCAGAAUUGGCGCCCUUUGCCUUGAAUAUCAAAAUUUAAUUAACUCUAUCUGCUAUUUAAAUCUUUUAAAAUUAAUAAAGAAAAUGUCUAUAAACAUCGAUAUUAAUGCUAUUUUUCCUCUUCCAUAUCUAGGUAGGUAUAGUACGCGGCCUGUAAGUUGAAUUACGCGAAGUAACUGUUUUCUGGUAUAUCGGAGAGGUGCCUCGAGUACCUGGCCAUAGCCUAUAGUGACACGUUAAUUCCAUUAUAACGUACGAAAAAGAAAUGCCCAUCUCGGCCCUGGCCUAAGCUAACUACCCGGCAAAUUUCUUAUAUCUGAAAAAUUCUACUUUAAUAGUGAAAUCAUUACUUUCUAAAAAAAAUUUUGCUACAACGUUUUAAGACAUUUGAAAUUAAUAUAUUGUCCCCAACAGGGAUUUGUAUUAUUUUUAUUUGGUAACCGAAUAAAAAUAAUACAAAAUGUUAUUUCGGUGCACUUCGAACUUUUUUACGAGAAGAGUGAUAAAAAAUGUUUUUUUCUUCAAGAAACAUCUUUACUAAACCAAUUAAUUAACCAGAUCCUUAUUUAUACGUCAUAUUAUCAUCUCCAUAUGCAUUUAUACGGGGGUAUACCUGAGUUCCCUGGGCUGAUGUUGUAUAGGCCAGUAUAGGUUUUCCUCUUUUCGAUUAUUUGAUAUCUGUAAUGUAUGAUUGUAGUACCUGCGCUGGCAACUGUCAUUAUGUUUCAACUUACUUGUCGAGGUCUAUAUUAUAUCAGACUAAACUGAAACAUAGUAAAAUAAAAUAGUUUUCGGGCAAAUAUAAACUUGUAAUGCUUAGGAUUUAGAUAUUAAAUUAAUGAUGUUGUAAGUAAAAGGAGGUAGACAGAAUUGUAUGCGUUCUUUAACUUCUUCAAUUAAUGUCAAAUGUGGCUAAUUAACCGAUCUGAGUUCAGUCUUCCGUCAGGCGUCAUUGAGUCAAGACGUGUGAUUUAUGUUUUAAUGAACAGAAAUCGCCAUUUAUGAAGUGAAUGUUCUAUACCGUUUUUUUUUCAACAUUUGUUAUGCCACAAACUAUGAAAGAUUUGUAAGUUUUGUAUAAAUAGGCCGUCCUUUUCUUUUCCAUGUAUUAUUAUUAUGUACAUGUAAUUUUAAGUUAUUUGAUAUUAAUUUUUAUUAAUAAAUUGCAUCAUUUUAGCACAAUGGAGCGCAACUAAAUUAUUUUUGAAGUAAGCUUUAUCUCUUAACUAAUAAGUAUUAUUUUGUAAAUUAUUUAUUUACUGAAAAAUAAAAGACGACUUGUUAAUGUCCUUUAAAUAGAGUAUUGUGAAAAUA